CGUCUGAAACUAAUAUUCAAAAAAUGGAAAGAGACAGAGACAGAGACAGAGACGGAGGGGGCUUGAUCGCUCGCCUGGUGGCACUCCAUUCACUAUAACUCACUGAAACUUGCCCUUCUGGGGUCACUCUUCCUGUUCACCUUCUCUCUCUUGGCUCCCGCCUCUGGCUCUCUGCAAUGGCGUCUCUCGGUUUCAGCUCUUACUUCUCUCCGGUGGAGAACAGGGGGAGUGAUGCUGUUGACCUGAGAAUGCUCGUUGCUGCUGCGAAGCCGCUGGUUCACUCCCUUGGCUUGCUGAAAUCGAACUCGAAGCCGAAGGACUGGAGCUUAAGGGCGUGCUUCCGUGAAGUUGGGAUCCCGCGUGCCGCUCCAGGAGCGGCCACAGCGGUCGCCGUGGAUGAUGGAGUUGCAAGGGAGAAGGAGAGAGAUGGGGUUUUGAGGGUCGGAGUCAUUUGCGGAGGUCCCUCCGCGGAGCGCGGGAUUUCUCUGAAUUCUGCGCGGUCGGUGCUUGAUCACAUUCAGGGGGAAGAUUUGCAAGUCAGCUGCUAUUACAUUGACUGCAACCUAAAUGCAUAUGCUAUAUCAUCUUCUCAGGCAUACUCAAACACUCCCGCAGAUUUUGAUUUUAAACUUGAAAGCCUGGCCCAGGGUUUCCGCUCUCUAUCUGACUUUGCAGCGCAUUUAGCAGCUUCCGUAGAUAUAGUGUUCCCCGUAAUCCAUGGUCAGUUUGGUGAAGAUGGUGGCAUCCAGGAACUUCUGGAAAGAUACAAUAUUCCAUUUGUCGGAACUGGAUCAAGUGAGUGUUGCCAAGCAUUUGACAAGUACCAUGCAUCAUUGGAGCUGAGCAAACAUGGUUUUGUUACAGUACCCAGUUUUCUUGUGCAGGGAUUGGAGGCGAAUGAAGCUGAACUUGCAAAGUGGUUUGAGCGAAACCAACUGGAUCCUGUCUCUGGGAAAGUUGUGGUCAAACCAGCUAGAGCUGGAUCAAGCAUUGGUGUAACAGUCGCUUACGGCACUGCUGAUUCUCUCAAAAAAGCCAGUGAAAUUAUUUCAGAGGGAAUUGAUAGUAAGGUCGUAGUGGAGAUAUUUCUUGAAGGAGGAAAUGAAUUCACUGCCAUUGUACUUGAUGUUGGCUCUGGGUUCGAUAGCCAUCCUGUUGUGUUAUUGCCAACUGAGGUGGAGCUCCAGUUUAGUGGCGAUGUUGAUGUGAGGGAGAAAGAUGCAAUUUUCAAUUACCGUAGGAAGUAUCUUCCAACUCAACAGGUUGCAUACCACACUCCGCCUCGUUUUCCAGUAGACGUAAUAGAAGACAUACGCAAAGGAGCAUCACUGUUGUUUAAACGGUUGGGUCUACGUGACUUUGCCAGGAUUGAUGGCUGGUUUUUGCCUUCCAAACAUUUAUCACCUUCUAAGGAAGUAUUUGGUGCGACUGGCUAUGGUACGAUAGUUUUCACCGACAUAAAUCUGAUAAGUGGGAUGGAGCAAACUAGCUUCCUAUUUCAGCAAGCUUCGAAGGUGGGAUUUUCUCACUCAAACAUCCUUCGGAGCAUUAUUAAUCAUGCUUGUUUGAGGUUUCCGGAUCUUGCAUAUCAUAAAGAUCUAUCUGGCCAUUUGCCCAGAGUCGAGAACUCCUCACAACUUGCUGAAACUUCCAGAAAACUGGAAAAACGUCACAAGAUCUUUGUUAUAUUCGGCGGAAACACUUCUGAGAGACAAGUAUCCCUCAUGAGUGGCACUAAUGUUUGGCUCAACUUGCAAGCAUUUGAUGAUCUUGAAGUGAUCCCGUGUUUGCUUGCUCCCUCAAAUCAACAUCCUUUGGGCACAGCUUUGAGUGGGAAGGAUUUUCAGUUGAGCUCAUGGGCAGUUUGGUCUCUACCUUACUCCCUGGUGCUAAGACACACAGCUGAAGAAGUUCUUGCCGCAUGUGUUGAGGCAAUUGAACCAUCCCGGGCUGCAUUGACAUCUCUUUUGCGGAAACAGGUUAUUAGCGAUCUCAUGGAAGGUCUGAGGAAACAAAAGUGGUUUUCAGGAUUUGAUAUAGCUGAUGAACUGCCAGUCAGAUAUUCACUUGAGCAGUGGAUCCUGCAAGCCAAGGAACUUCAAGCCACUGUUUUCAUUGCAGUACAUGGUGGCAUUGGCGAGGAUGGUACAUUACAGUCUUUGCUAGAGAAUGAAGGAGUUCCUUAUACAGGCCCUGGUGUGAUGGCUUCAAGGACGUGUAUGGACAAAGUUUCAACAUCUCUUUCUCUAAGCAAUUUAGAAAACUUGGGAGUUCUUACCAUAAAGAAAGAAGUAUGGAGCAAAAAGGAUCUGCUAGAUACACCAAUACUUGAUGUAUGGCAAGAUGUAAUCUCAAAGCUACAGUGUGAAAGUAUAUGCAUAAAGCCAGCUAGGGAUGGAUGCUCUACUGGCGUUGCAAGACUUCGUUGUAUCGAAGACCUGAAAGUGUAUGUAAAAGCCUUGGAAGAGGGCCUUCUACGUAUUCCUCCAAACAGUUUUUCAAAGGCUCAUGGAAUGAUUGAGAUGCCGAACCCUCCUCCAGAGUUCCUAAUUUUCGAACCAUUUAUUGAAACUGAUGAGAUCACUAUGUCAUCUAAAACCACAAAUGAAAAUGCUUCUGGCCUCAUGUGGGAAGGACGCAGCCGAUGGGUAGAAAUUACAGCCGGAGUUAUAGGAAAGCGAGGAUCCAUUCAUUCACUAAGUCCUAGCGUAACUGUCAAGGAAACUGGAGACAUUCUAUCACUUGAAGAGAAGUUCCAAGGUGGAACUGGCAUAAAUUUGACCCCACCACCAUUGUCGAUUAUGAGUGAUGAAGCCUUAGAGAGAUGUAAACAAAGGAUUGAGCUGAUCGCAAACACUCUACAGUUAGAAGGAUUUUCACGCAUCGAUGCAUUUGUCAAUGUCGAUACAGGAGAGGUUUUAAUUAUUGAGGUCAAUACUGUACCCGGAAUGACACCUUCCACCGUAUUGAUUCAUCAGGCACUUGCUGAGAAGCCUCCCAUGUACCCUCAUGAAUUCUUCCGUACCCUCCUCGAUUUGGGUUCUGAGAGGUUUGCAUAGAGUUUUUGGCAAAGUUUCCGAGUGUCGAUUACAAAAUCUUGGGGGGGAAUAACCAAAAUUACCAUGGAUUUGUGAUGAUGCUGAACCUUGUCGAUUCCGUUCGGAAAAUCAGCUCUUGCAA